UCUCCGAUUCUCUUUCUCAGCAUAUUUUUGUUCUCUGCAAUUUCGUGCGUUGAUUCAAGCAUUUUACCUAACCCCGAAUCAAUUCUGUAAUUUUGUAAGAAAUUAACGAAACUAGCGUUCGAAAUUUUGUUUAAAAGAAAGCACAAUCGCGUUCGGAAAGUUGUUUCCGCGUCGUGAUUCGAACGAUAGAGCUUUCGUCGUAACAGCUUCGUGUUCUUCGUGUUAAUAGGCGAUGGAGAGGAGCAACAGCAAGAAGGUUCUGAAGUCGAGGCUUUUGAACGAGAACGUUCCUCCAUUGCAGAUCGAUUCGGAGGAAAGAAGAGGACGCUAUCUCCAACCAACCGCUAUGAGUCCACGGUUUCAACCGUUCGCCGAGAACGUCGACGCCGGCUCGCCGCUCACGCGCUAUCUCUUCGCCGGAUCUCCGCUCUCCGGCAAGUUCGCCGCCGCCAGCGAGGCCUUUGUUUCUCCGAAGUUUGGCGCCAGGACCGCGAAAGCGCUUCAGUACUGCGGCACCAGUUCGGGAGGAAGCAGUAGCUUCGGUUCUCGCGGUAGGUUGACGCCUUCGCCGCUUUCGUCACUCGAAAACAUGGAGUUCGCGCCGCUCCUGUCGCCUCCGGUGUACCGAACGCCGUCUACGGGGGACGAUGACGUCAUCGUGAUGGAUGCUAUUCUCGUGAGGCCAGUGUCCGGCGGAAAGAGCGGAAGGUCUUCCUCUUCCUCCGGCCGCGGCUCUUUCUCAUCGUCGUCGUCGACGGGGAAGAACGUGUUCAAGACGGAGAUUUGCAAAGCGCGAGAAGAAUCUGGUAACAGUCGUUACAACUCCAAAAGCCAGUAUGGACGCGUACCAGAAGAGUAUCGUAGCAUUAUUUUGGCCAGGAAAAGAAAAUCUGAGGAAGAGACAAGCAGCUCUUCUGUUGGAGCAGGGUCAAGCAUGCAUGACCCAAGCAGCCAUGUUCAUCAGCACUAUGCAGCAGCUGAAUCUGAUCCCGUAGUCGUAACAUCCCAACCAACUUCAGCUGAACCUCAUAAUGCCCUUACCGAUUCCAACGCUUUCAAUGACUGGUCACCCCUAGAUGAUAUUACUGAGGUUGUUCUGCCAGCUUCGGAUAAAGCUCCAUCAAGGGAAGAAGUUGAUGCUUAUAUUUCUGGGAUUCAGCAUGGCCGGACUGGUAAAAAGAGAUUACCAGUGUUUGAAGCAAUUUGCAAGGGGGAUUGAUCCCCAUUAUUCAUAAUACGCCUCUUCACUGAUCCAAGUUACUCAAAAGUAAAACCCUGUUUUUUUUUCCUGCCAUUUAAAUAAUUUUUCCCAAUUUUAAAAUAAAUAAAGUCAUGGUUGGGGCGUUUUGGAAAGUAUAACCUUUCAAAUGGAGCCCAUAUCCCUUUGGGUCUGUUGCCUCGUGCUCUAGUGCACUUUAACGUUUUUUUUUUAAUCAAAUUUAAAACUUAAUCCAAUCAAAAUUUGAUUUUUACAAUUUUUUUUUUGAAAUUCAACCUAUUCAUGAACUAAUUAGUCGUCAGUAAGUGAUGUAUAUACUACGGUUUUCAUG